GCCGACGAGCUUGCUUGACCUGACCCACGACGCGCGCGAUGGACCCCUUCGAGGCGCGCAUGCAGUUCCUCGGUAUGCUGAGGCGUCUCAACGCCUCGCAGCAAUCUAUCCAGAAAGUGGUUAACUAUGCCAUGAAGUACUUCGCCAUCGCCGGUGAGGAUAUGUGGGAGGUGAUUGUGGACGAGUGUCGCAAGGCAACCAUCAACUCCCGAAUAAACAUCCUAUAUUUCCUGGACACCCUAUGCGAGACAUGUUACCUUGUCAAGUCGCACGCGAACUCGGUCGGCGUGUCCUCUUCGUCAGGGGCUACAAGCGGCACCCAAUACGUCGACUUUCUGUCCCGGGACCUCAACAAGUUGGUUGAAACAGUAGUCCCAGAAGGCAGGGAAGGUCUCAUCAACUACAACAGCGCAAAGCAGAUCCUCGAAAGUUGGAGAACCCGGCGCCUCGUCGACCCUCACAUCGUCGACACCGCGCUAGCGUCGCUGCAAUCACGCACAUCCUCUACACCUGAUGCCGAAAAGUCUGCAACCGCCUCAAAACGCUCGUCACGUACCCUCUCGCGCAACGAGAUUUUCAAGCGAAUAGAGGAAGACCGCGAGCGCCACAAACGCCUACGAGAGCGACGAUGGGUCCAGCCCGUUUCCUAUGACGCGGUACCAACACUCGCGACCUUCCUCCCGCUGACGGACGAAGCGGACGGAGAGCGGGAACUGCCGCUGGAUGUCGAGUUCGAGAAUGCUUGGGAGACGACAAGUGAUUGGAAUGAGGAUGACGAGGAGGCGAUGAGGGAAGAGAACGAGUUGUGUUUUCCGAAAGCAGCUCCUCCAGCUAGCGAAGAUUCAAUGGACAUGGACACUGACUAGCAUGGAUUUUUUUGUGAUUCCU